GCCAGAGAAAAUAUCCAAAUAACAGCGACCUUUAUCAGCGUGCAGCUGACAGGUGUCAUCGUCUCCGCAGCAGCAGCUGGAAGUCGUUCCUGACAGGAUGCUGUGAGUAAAAGCUGCUCAUGGAGCCGCUGUGAUCUGAGCAGCAACGUUUGAAGACAAAUACUGUGAGAUCUGUAAAUUUACUGCAGACAAGGAAACAAUAUUUUUUGAUGUCCAUAAAUGAGGACAACUGGAGGGUUGAAGAUGUCCAGCUAACUUUAGAACAGAGCACACAGUGACAGGAAAUGGCGUCUCCUCCCGCAGUGACCUCCUCCAGCUUCACUCUGCUGCCCGCAGCCUGCUGUCAUUGACUGGGUGUUGGACUACAGACCAAAUGCUCCAGUGAACGGAGCGACGAGUCCAGCGCAGCAUGGACGGCUGCCCGCCAUAGUUGGUGCAGCUUUUAUUAUAAGAUUUCACAGCUCGUCCUGCUUAUCGGCUGAAGGCUUUUUUCUUCUUUUCUUUUGUCGCUGCUGCUGCCGCUGUGUGUGUGUGUGAGUGGGUUUUUUUUGUUUCUGUCACAGACGACAAUGGAUCGAGUGAAGAGCUCCAUGCAGCAAGUCCCCAACGCGAUCCCCAAAGUGAUCCGACGGACCGGAGGGGCGAGCAGCCUGGAGCUGGAGAAGGAAAACUUCGAGAGAGGGCAGGCUGUCAGCAUCAAUAAGGCCAUCAACACACAGGAGGUCGCUGUCAAAGAGAAGCAUGCCAGGACCUGCAUCUUGGGGACCCAUCAUGAGAAAGGCGCCCACACUUUCUGGGCAGCCGUCAACCGGCUUCCUCUGUCCAGCAACGCCGUGCUCUGCUGGAAGUUCUGCCAUGUCUUCCACAAGCUGCUGCGGGAUGGACACCCAAACGUGAUAAAGGACUCCAUGAGGAACAAAGCUGAUUUAACUGAUAUGAGCAGGAUGUGGGGUCACCUUAGUGAAGGCUAUGGGAAGCUGUGCAGCAUCUACCUCAAACUGCUCAUCACCAAAAUGGAGUUUCACAUCAAAAACCCUCGUUUCCCCGGCAACCUUCAGAUGUCAAACAGACAGCUUGACGAGGCGGGAGAGAACGACGUCAACAACUUCUUCCAGCUGACAGUAGAGAUGUUCGACUACCUGGAGUGUGAACUCAACCUCUUCCUGGGUGUGUUCAGCUCCCUGGACAUGUCUCGGUCGGUGUCUGUGACGGCGGCGGGUCAAUGUCGUCUGGCUCCCCUCAUCCAAGUCAUCCUGGACAGCAGCCACCUGUAUGACUACACCGUCAAGCUGCUGUUUAAGCUGCACUCCUGCCUUCCAGCUGACACUCUGCAGGGCCACAGAGAUCGCUUCCAGGAGCAGUUUAAGAAGCUAAAGAGUUUGUUCUAUCGCUCCAGUAACUUGCAGUAUUUCAAGAGGCUGAUUCAGAUCCCACAGUUGCCUGAGAACCCUCCUAACUUCCUGCGGGCGUCUGCUCUGUCGGAGCACAUCAGCCCCGUGGUCGUGAUCCCCGCCGAGUCUUCGUCCCCCGAGUCGGAGCACGUGGUGGAAACAGACGACCUGGUGGACACAGACAUCCCAGCGCUGCCGGCCGCCGUGGAGACCAAGUUUGACGACCUGUUUGGGACUUCAGCCGCCAUCGAUCCGUUCAACUUCAACAGUCAGAACGGCAUGCGCAAAGACGACAAAGACCGUCUGAUCGAACAGCUGACGAGGGAGAUUCAGGCCCUUAAGGAAGAGCUGGAGUCUUUCAGGCUGGAGAGUGGCCGGUUGUGUCAGGCGCUGAGGGGGCGUGUCAGCGAGCUGGAGGCGGAGCUGGCCGAGCAGAGCCACCUGAGGCUGCAGGCUGUCGGAGAGAGCGAGUUCCUGAAGGCAGAGCUGGACGACCUGCGGAGGGUCCGAGAGGACACGGAGAAGGAGCAGCGCAGCCUGACGGAGAUCGAGAGAAAAGCUCAGGCCAACGAGCAGCGCUACACCAAACUGAAGGAGAAAUACACGGAGCUGGUUCAGAGUCACGCAGACCUGCUGAGAAAGAACGCUGAGGUGACCCGGCAGAUGACAGUCGCUCGGGCAGCACAGGACGAAGUGGAGGCCGUGAGGAAAGAGAUGCAGGAGAAGGUGAAGGCCGCUCAUGAGGCUGCAGACAGACAGGAGAGAGAGCAGGUGGACCAGCUUCAGGAGCUGCAGAGAGAGUUGGUGUCCAGCCGGGCAGAGCUGGACUCCCUGAAGACCUCCAUGGCUUCAUCACAGCAGUCUACUGAGGUGCUCGGCACUCAGCUUUCUGCCCUGGAGUCUGAGAAGGCCGAGCUCGUACAGACCCUGUCGAAGGUGGAGGCGGAGCUGGCGGCGCGAGGGGAGGAGCUCGAGCGAGUCCAGAGCUCUCUGGCAACGGAGAGGGAGAGCGGGGUGAAGACAGCCGAAGCCCUGCAGAAUCAACUCAAUGAGAAGGAGAGCAGGGAGCAGGCACUGGAGAGCCAGCUGGUGGCGGCCCGGUGGUCCAGCCUACAGGGAGCUGUGGACGAGGCCGAGAAGAUCAUCAAGGACUCGCUGGCUCAGAUCGACGACCCGGCACACAUCAGCUGCACCAGCUCCGCAGACUACCUGGCAUCCAGAUGUCAAGCCUCUUUAGACUGUGUGGGACGAUUACAUUCUGCCAGAGAUGCCUUCUUGGCUGACAACACAGGUGUGUCUGAGUUAGUACGGGUGGUGACCCAGUGUGGCCACCUAGUGGGUGACACCAUCGUUCAGGGCAGUGCCACCUCCCACAUGGUGCCAGUGGAGCAGGCUGAUGCGCUGUCAGAGAGUGUGAAGUUGUGCGGCGCUGAAGCUCUGUCUCUGCUGGGACACAUGAAGCAGCAGGACGGCCUGGCUGCAGUGGAUGACGGCAAGCUGAGGGCCGCUCUGGAGGCCAUCCUGGCCACCGCAGAGAAGCUGCGUCCUCGGGGUUUGGAGCUGCAGCAGGGGGAGCUGGGAGAUCUGGUGGAGCAGGAGAUGGCGGCCACGUCUGCCGCUGUGGAAUCAGCCGCUGCCAGGAUAGAGGAAAUGCUCAACAAGUCUCGAGCGGUUGAUACAGGAAUCAAGAUGGAGGUCAACGAGAGGAUCUUGGGCUCCUGCACAGAGCUGAUGCAGGCGAUCAAGGAGCUCAUUCUGUCUUCCAAAGAUCUGCAAAGGGAUAUCGUGGAGAGCGGCAGGGGGGCAGCCACCAUGAAGGAAUUCUAUGCCAAGAACUCCCGCUGGACCGAAGGCCUGAUCUCUGCCUCCAAAGCAGUAGGAUGGGGCGCCACGGUCAUGGUAGACGCUGCCGACCUGGUGGUGCAGGGCAAAGGGAAGUUUGAGGAGCUGAUGGUUUGUUCACAUGAAAUAGCUGCCAGCACUGCACAGCUAGUGGCUGCUUCCAAGGUAAAAGCAGACAAAGACAGCAGUAACUUGCACCGGCUGCAGCAGGCCUCCCGGGGCGUCACUCAGGCCACCGCAGCUGUCGUGGCCUCCACCAAGUCGGGGAAAUCCCAGAUUGAAGAGACAGAUACGAUGGAUUUCUCCAGCAUGACUCUGACUCAAAUUAAACGACAGGAGAUGGAUGCACAGGUUCUGGUCCUGGAGCUGGAGACUCGUCUGCAGAAGGAGCGAGAGCGUCUGGGCGAGCUGAGGAAGAAGCAUUACGAGCUGGCGGGUGUAGCAGAGGGCUGGGGCGAGGAAGAGGAGGGGACAGGCUGAGACCUGCUGCCCAGUCGUCCCCCUCCUCUACCAGAAGACCGACUUCCGUCUGCCUCUUUCUAUUUAUAGACACACUUUUCAGUCUCUUUCUCCCUCGUUUUUUUUUUCUUUUUGUUUGUUUGUUACCUAAGCCAAAUGAAAAGGUGCUUCUUUUCUAAAAACCUGUUUCUCCACCCGUGUCCGGAAGCUUCCAUUAAAGGACAGCAUCAAGGGCUCAGCGUCGGGGGGGGGGCAUCCGAGGGAGGAACCGAUGGAUUUUAAGGGUGAAAGAAAAGCUGCAGCCCGCCUUCACAGCCUCACGUCUCCCCCCUGCUUCUCCUGUGUCUGGGGGGGAAACAGCGAUGAAGUCUAUCCAUGCUGAGUAUUUAUUGUCUUUCUUUCCCUGAUUUUUAAAAAAAAAAUUUAGCGACAGCGUUUCAUCAAGGAGUCGCAGCGGAGACGAGCACAAGUUCAUCCCAGGAUGCAUUAAACAAGGGCCAAACUCUCAGCAGCCGCUGGAGUGGAGAUCAGAGAAUGUCCCUGCCCCAGCUCCAUGUCUCUGUGUAUCGUAGAUGGCAUGCAUGCUCCUCCUUUGAAAUGUUUUUUUUUUUGUUGUUUGACGUCGUGAGCUUUUAAAGCUGUGGGAGCUGCUCUUUGUGUGUCGGUGCAGUCAGACGCUCCUCUUCCUCCCUAGUUUCUUCCUAUUCUUUUUCUCACUGUGAGUUAUCACCUUAUUAAGUCCAUACCUAGCGCUUUACUGGCUGGUUCACUGGACUUUCUGCCUUUCACCUGCUCACCAUUGUAACGACCGUGACUGUUAACUUAAGCAACCCCUUCCUUUCUUCGUUUGUUUGGGUCUUCUUUUAUUCUAACAGACGCCUGCGUGGAAACUCUUAAGGCGACUCCAGAUUGUUGCAGAGCAGAACAGGACAGGAAAGUAGCACAAACAACAACAGUCUUCUUCUCCCUGGAAACUUAAAGACUGCCGACUACCUCAUGCUACAUCGUCAGAGGUCAGAGGUGCUUCACAGGGAGAUUCGACGAGCUGCUGAAAAACACUAAUACUGUUGCUGAUUUCCCCUUUAAAUGGUUAAAUUAUGGAACAGCGUAGUCCCUGUUUUUUAUAUGGAGGAAACUACAACUCAAUCUGCUACCUUUUCUGUUCAGCAGCUUCCUUCCAAAGCUGUUUAGUAAAGUUUAUUGAAGUUUGUUUCAGUCGAGCAGCAGUGGUUGGUGUAGCUGGGAUCCAGUCUUGUAACAAACUGCUAACAGUGUUGUUUUCUGACAGACAGCGAGUGUCUGAGGAGGAACAAAUGUGCCAGCAGGACGGCUGUGCUCCCGGUGAGGGCGGUAAUCCUUUUAGGGUAUUUCAGGAGCUGGGGCCGCCUGCUUAGUCAGAUAAAUCUGCAGGAGAAGCAAAUGUAAAUCAAAAAAAAAAAAAAAAGUUUGACAUCCUGAAAUCAAACUUGAACUCGAGGCCAUUCCACUGCACAAACCUUUAUUGAGGAAGAUUUGUCUCCUGAUCCUGCCUCUUCACGCUGCAGUUUUCCGAACCCUUCUCUCGGCGGACUCUGAAGUACACAGACUGCAGUGAUUUUUCGAUAGCUUCCUCAAGACCAAGUAGCUGUGUACAUAAACUACAAGCCUUCUGUUUUGGAAAACGAACUUUUGCUUUGUUUGGAUCAUAAAAAGCGUCCGUUUUUGCAUCUCUCCAAGUAAUGGAUUCAGUUGAAUUGAGUUAGGGAUCCAAAAUGGUGCACAUGAAUGCCACAUAAAACUAAUAUAAGUCAUUAUGUUUUGUUUGAUUUUCAAUAAGAGGUUGUUAUUUAACUGAUUUUCCUGCUGAGACUGAUGAACUGAUAAUCAGCUUGGUGCCAGUGGACUGUGUGAGGAAAGACUGACCCACGCCUUUGUGUAAACCAUGAGAUGAGCAGGCAUUUCUUUUUUUCCAACCCAAAACUUUCUUUCUGUUUGAUGGUGAUUCUGAGUUUGUCGCUCUCUGUGUCUUAACAUACUUAGUUCUGACGCUCUGCUUCAGCUGUGUAUAAAAAGUUGUGACACUGGGUAUUUAACAGACACUGGUCAAAUAGUAUUUGCCAAUAAUUCAAACCACCCAGAGGAGGACCGUUAAUAUGCUUUUUAAAAUAUCCCUUUUGACACCACCUACAAACAGCAAGUAUUAUUUGCAGUGCUGUUGACUCCAGCUUUUUAUAUUUAAUUAUUUUUUUAAAGCUGUUUUCUGUCAGUUCUUCCACAUCUUUGCAAACUUUUGGCUGAUUUUAGUUGAAAUUCAAACAUAAAACAACAAAAAAAUGCCAGUGAAGGAGGAAACGUCUACUUUUUCUGGUAUUUCAAGUGUCUUGAAAGCUGAAUUGAACACACUUUGAGUGAUGCUUCGUUUAUUUUUUGCCCGAUAUUCUUUAUUAACCUCUCUUCCGUGUCUUCUCUCUCUCUCUCGGGUUCGUGUCUGUAGUCCUACCAGCUCAGCCAGCCUUUCAAACUGCCUCACACUGUAGUCAAAGAGAAACAAAUACUCACAUAGCAACAUUGAAAUAUGUCUUUGUAUGAUAUACUAAAACUAUGUUGGUGGGUUUGUUUUUAUUUUUUCAGUUUUUAAAAUAAAUAUUUCAACUCAUUAAUACAGA